UUGUAGUUCGCAAGUCUAAAUUUUCGGUAUACGGAAAAGUUUGAACAUUUUCAAAACGUUGAGUUUCAAUUUUACAAUGGGGACAACCAAAUUUGCCAUUAAAUUGUUGAAAAUUUAAAAAUAUUGCUUUUGCGCACAAAUUGCACGUUCCUGCUAUAAUUUGUGCUCGAACGCGUAUAUUUCUUAAGUUUUCCAAAGUAACGUCUACGCCUCUGAACAAUUUUUUCAAAUUUCCUCGGAAAGCAUCUAAAAACAUGUUUACCGACGGUUUAUCUCGACCAAACCAUAGCCCUGCUAUAAUCAUAUUUUCUUUCCUGAUUCUUAAUUUAUAAGGUAGCUCAUUAAUCAUGAGAUAUAAUGGCCAAAUGCUUAUUUUUGAAGACCUAAAUAACGGCACUCCAUCAGAGUUCCAGACGAACAUAAUAUUAUUACGGUUAGUUAAAAACUCUUCUGGUAGGGAAUUAUAUACGGAACCGUCAUAUAUGUCUUCAAAAUUACCCUCAUUUUCUUUUUGACGAGCACUGCGAUCAAUUAAACUUUCGUAAAAUCUCGAUCUUCUGUAAAGCGAGGUGAUUUGAGAUAGUAUUGAUACUUCAAUAAAAUAUGUAAUAUUGUCGCGACUGUUACAUCUAUUACAAAAUUGUACAUUCAAUUUAGAAAAACAUUCAGAGCAGUAAUAAUGCUUCUUAAGUGGCGCAUUAAUAUCACUAAAAAAUUUGUUCAACUUAUACAAUGUUUUAACGCAGUUAUUUGGCUGAAUGCAAUGCAAUGAGCGAUAAUAUACUCGAUAGAAGUACACCGUUACUCGAAAACGCAAAGCAACAGUAAAAAUUGACAGAAUACUUUCUGCGACCGAUAGCGGAGCACCUGGAUAUACCGGUUGAUCAGCGGCAUCCACAAAUGCGUCAUCUUCGCCGAGAUCUUCGCUUUCUAUGCUUGAUUCGUCUUCUUCCGAGGUGUCUUCCGGGUCCUCUUCCGAUGAACUUGCGUCGUCGUUAACCGCAUCAUCAGAUGAAGUGUCCUGAUGAAGAUUGUGUCGAGCUCCGACCGCGUAUUCAUCUAUAUACACGCAUUAUUGUCAACAUCGAAAUGCUUCUUUUUAUACUGAACCAAGCAAGAAAUUAUAAUUUCUAUGUAUCACAGAAAAAUUUUCGAGUGCGUGGCAGGGCCAAAAGCGAGAGCAGAGAACUACGCGAGUUUUUCUCGGCGCUACCCUCUCUUUUUGAAAGCGCUGCGCUCCCGUGCGAGAGCUCCGCAGUCCGUCCGGCGAAGGAGCACGUUCAAGGUUAUGGCAUUUACUCCGCGGACUGCGCGGGGCUCUCGCGCGGUAGCGCAGCUCCCGAAAAGCCAUUUUACGCCGUUUACAAAAAUGUUCUAAGUAGCACGCAUUUUCAUUAAACGUAAUGUUUGAUAAACGUAUUGGACAAUUGAUAAUUAUAACCUUGCACUAUUUUUAUUUUGUAAAUACCUUGGUUAUAGUUAUCGCCGUCGAGGUUAUCAUCGGAAUAAAGCUGCGCCUCAACGUCUGUAAAAUUAUGACAAACGAAAUCCCGAAAUACAUUACUAGCUACAAAGAUUAGAUGCGAUGAAAACAAUUACUUCCUCGAUCCGAAAUCGUGUUGUUGACGCACGAGGUAUGAGAAUAAGAAUUUCGGUUGCUGCUUGACUUGCUGCCCGAGGAACAUGAAUCGAUGUGACUACUAUCACUGCUUUCAUUUUCAGAAUCGCUGAUGCUUUCUUCGCUAGAGCUGGCGGCACAUGCAGCAAGAAAACUCUCGAUCGAGUAAUUAUCGUCAACUUCGUCGAUUUUUCGCUUCGGCAUUUCAAUAGUUUGUUUACAUACGAAUACGCAGACUGUUACGCGAAUGACGUUCGGUACUAUAGCCUAUAUUGCAUUUCAAUUAUUUAUUGUUGCUAAUAUCACGACACAUCGCGACAGCUUGAUUCACGUUACUUGAAAAGCGGCUUUCUUAGACAAGACGAGCAAAAUGUUUGUGCUUAUUUUGUGGGAGGAUAGUAAAGAGAAGGACGUUGUAAGCCCAGAACACGUGAAAAAGAGGAAGGGUAAAAUUGUAGCGAAAUGGGGAAGCGGCUGGUUUCCAGCGAAAAUCGUGAAAAAAAGCGAAGACAAAAAUUGGCUGGAAUCUUUGGAGGUUACCACAGAAGGUGAAAUCGUAACUCCUGAAAAAAGAAUGUCAAUUUCAAGCGACUUGAUGGCAGAACGACGGAAUCAUCGUCAAAUUAUCAAAGAGAGGGAAUCACAGAGACAAGAAGUGAUGGCGGAUUACAAUAAAGAACUGAUGAAAAAAAGCUCUAUAUUCAAUGAUGAUUCGGAAGCGGAAGAAUCUGAUCAAGCUAGCAAGUAUAAGUAAGUUUUGAAUAUUUUAUUAUACAUGUACUUAUUAUAAAGACGUAUGCAUAUUGUAAUCGGUCGGUAGUGUGCAGUGCACUGACCCUCUCUUUCGCUAUAGC